UUAUCACAAAAGUAAGCCACAUCACACAUGUCUCACUGUCAACUAUACUAUUUACAUCCUAUUUUUUUGUUUAUAUAAACCCACGAGCUUCCUCUUUAGUUUCUUUACCAACAGCAAACAUAUAAAGCGGUAAAAGAAAAAGAGAGGAGAGGAAAAAGAAAUGGAGGACGACAAUAAUAAUAACACCAACACAAACGUGAUCGCACCUUUUGUUGUGAAGACAUAUCAGAUGGUCAACGACCCUUCGACCGAUUGGCUCAUCACUUGGGGACCUGCACACAACAGCUUCAUCGUCGUUGAUCCUCUCGACUUCUCUCAACGAAUCUUGCCUGCGUAUUUCAAACACAAUAAUUUCAGCAGCUUUGUUCGUCAACUCAAUACCUAUGGGUUUAGAAAAGUGGAUCCAGACCGGUGGGAGUUUGCGAACGAGCAUUUUCUCAGAGGACAGAAGCACCUGCUCAAGAACAUAGCGCGUAGGAAACACGCGCGUGGGAUGAUAUACUACGGUCAGGAGAUGGAGGACGGUGAGAUCGUGAGGGAGAUCGAACGGUUGAAAGAUGAGCAGAGAGAUCUUGAGUUAGAGAUUCAGAGGAUGAACCAAAGGAUCGAGGCGACUGAGAAGCGGCCGGAGCAGAUGAUGGCGUUUCUGUACAAGGUCGUUGAGGAUCCCGACCUCCUCCCGAGGAUGAUGCUCGAGAAAGAGCGGACAAAGCUAGUCUCCGACCAGAAGAAGCGUCGUGUCACGGUGAAGUCAGAGGACGAGGAAGAAAACGGAAGGGUCUUUGGGAUUAUUUCACCGUCACCGUCUCCGCCGGAGAAUGUUUACCGGACUCAGCCGCCGGAAAAUUCUGUGCGAUGGGUUGUUCCGAUGCAGAAGCCGGGCAACUUUGGUAGUUACAACGAGACUGGUCUGAUUUCCACUUCUUCCACGUCAUCAUCGUUAACGUCGACGUUGUCGCUGCCGGAGAGCGUAAACGGAGACGGAGGAGGAUGUGGGAGUAUUCAGGGAGAAACAAGAUACAGAGAAGCGGCGACGUUCGGAGGAGUGGUAGAGUCAAGUCCACAAACCCCGCCUUAUCCGUUUUCUUUGUUUCGAGGUGGCUUUUAGUCUUUUAGCUUCACAUGAUAUAUGAUCUUUGUUUCUUAUCUAUUAUGUUUUGUUUUUUUUUUCUUACCUAAUAAUGUAUAACCACCAGAAAAGGUAGAUCGAUUGUUGUUAGUGACAGGGAGACAGAGUCAGUAGUCAUAUCGUUUUAUAGAAAGUCGACAGUACAUAUUUUCUGAUUAUAUUCUUAAAAAGUUUAAAAAUUACAUAUCGCGUUCGGUGGCCGGUGAGCAUCUUUGCCACCGGUCGCCACCCCUUUUUUGUUUUUUUGUUCAUUCCGACCUAGUUCGGAUCUGUUUCUUCGGUUUGUCAGAUUGUAUAUUCCAGUUGUGGACAAUACAUUCGCUAGGCGACUUUUGCGGUGUGCGUGUGUAGUUUAACCUUUCACCGUUCAUCACUUCAAUCCCGUUGAUCUCUUUAUCGGAUACCCUGUUUCACCGAAUAAACUUAACCUCCUUUUUAAUGAGAAUCAGUCUUUACCGAUCUAGAUUAGCCAUCUUGGCUUAGGGUAAAGCGUCUCUGCUUAAAAGAUGGUGAGUUAGAUGGAUUUAUUAGGUCUUGUUGAAAUGGAUUCAGCAGUCGGUGUUUAUAACGGUCCGGCAAAGAAUCUUUGUUUUCAACCUGAUCUAAGUGUCCUCUGUUUUAAAGUACGGAGAAUCGUUAGGUGAUGAAUUGCCGUCGGUAGUCUCUCCAUCGGCGACGGAGUCAAUGGCGGUUGAGCAAAGGACGGUGGCAUUGAUACGUUUUUCACUUAUGCACCAGAAACUGCCACGUAGUAUACUCUUACCCACCAACAUACUCGUGUAAAAUAUUAUUAGAUCUAUUGUAGUUUGUGUUGGGCCUAAAGCCUGUUUUGUACUCCAACUGUAAUAGCCUUUUGGGCUUUCGUUAUAUAAAACGACUGUCGACAAAAAAAAAUUGUUAAAAGUUCAUUCA